ACUCUACCCAUCUGGGAACAAAUCGAUUCGCCACAUAUCAGCUAAGUAUGUUUAACUACGAACGUCCAAAACACUUCAUCCAGUCCCAAAAUCCAUGUGGCUCCAGACUGCAGCCUCCAGGACCGGAAGCCUCCAGCUUCCCUAGCCAGACCAAACAGUCUUCCAUCGUCAUCCAGCCCCGCCAGUGCACCGAGCAGAGGUUUUCUGCCUCCUCCACAGUGAGCUCUCACAUCACCGUGUCUUCCUCUGCUUAUCCUGCUUCCCAGCAGCUUGCUGGCCCCAACCCAGGCCAAAAGGUUACUGCCGCCUAUAACCAGUCCCCAGCCAGCUUCCUCAGCUCUAUAUUACCAUCUCAACCUGAUUACAGUAGCAGUAAAAUUCCAUCCACUGUGGACUCCAACUAUCAACAGUCCUCAGUUAGCCAACCAGUAAAUGCUAUGCCAUCCCCAACGGCAAAUGCUAAGACCACUCCACGGACUCCUGACCAUGAAAUCCAAGGAUCAAAAGAAGCACUGAUGCAAGAUUUGGAGAGAAAGCUGAAAUGCAAGGACACCCUUCUUCAUAAUGGAAAUCAAAGGCUGACCUAUGAGGAGAAGAUGGCUCGAAGGUUGCUAGGUCCACAAAAUGCUGCUGCUGUCUUUCAGGCUCAAACCAGUGAUGCCCAAGAUUCUCCACAGCAGCAUAACCCAGAACAUGCACGGCUGCAGGUUCCCACAUCACAAGUAAGAAGUAGAUCAUCCUCAAGAGCAGAGGCAAAUGACCAGGAUGCCAUCCAGGAAAAGUUUUACCCGCCACGCUUCAUCCAAGUGCCAGAAAACAUGUCCAUUGAGGAAGGACGAUUCUGCAGAAUGGACUUCAAAGUGAGUGGCCUGCCGGCCCCUGACGUGUCAUGGUAUCUAAACGGGAGACCAGUUCAAUCAGAUGAGUUGCACAAAAUGAUAGUGUCUGAGAAGGGUUUUCACUCACUCAUCUUUGAAGUGGUCAGAACAUCAGAUGCAGGGCCGUAUGCAUGUGUGGCCAGGAACAGAGCUGGAGAAGCCACUUUCACGGUGCAGCUGGACGUCCUUGCAAAAGAGCAUAAGAGAGCACCAAUGUUUAUCUUCAAACCACAGAGUAAGAAAGUUUUUGAGGGAGAGUCAGUGAAACUAGAAUGCCAGAUCUCAGCGAUCCCUCCACCCAAGCUUUUCUGGAAAAGGAACAAUGAAAUGGUCCAGUUCAACACUGAUCGGAUAAGCUUAUAUCAUGAUAAUGCUGGAAGGGUGACUUUACUGAUAAAAGAUGUAAACAAAAAGGAUGCUGGGUGGUACACAGUGUCAGCCGUCAAUGAAGCUGGUGUGACCACAUGUAACACAAGAUUGGAUGUCACAGCCCGUCCAAACCAAACGCUCCCAGCUCCCAAGCAGCUGCGUGUUCGACCAACUUUCAGCAAAUAUUUAGCACUUAAUGGGAAAGGUUUGGAUGUGAAACAAGCCUUUAACCCAGAAGGAGAGUUUCAGCGCCUGGCAGCUCAAUCUGGACUCUACGAAAGUGACGAACUUUAGUAUCUUUGCCCACAGUGGAAAAC